GUGUCAAAGAGAAAUCAAGCGUACAGUCAUUUAUGCUGUAUAGUGUAAAGUCGACAUUUGCUGGCUAUUUCAUUGAUAUUUCUCAGCCUAUACAGGGGUAUUUUCUGGAUUAGCCUAGCGUUUGCUCGACCUCCUCUCAGCUAGCUAGCUAGGUGGACAGUACAGAGCCGAUAGCUCUACCUUUCACCUCCUGUAGACAUGGUUGCCUCGCGGUCACUUUGGGUGGAUUUGAAGUCCGUAUGAAGCCUCAGAAAACGGCUCAUCACAGUUAACCGGGUUCAUUUGCCGUAGUUUCUGCAAAGGUUUCUGAAAGCUAACCUGGCAGCUCGCUAACUGACCGCUAGCACCAUGGGGGCCGAACAGAGCGGAGACGCGGAGCACAAACACACCGACUACAGCUCCUCUGUGGUCCCCUCUCCAGCCAAACAGAAGGCAAAGAUGGAUGAUAUCGUGGUUGUGGCUCAGGGGACCCAGUCGAUGCGAAAUAUCCACAACGACCCUGAUGUCAUCAAGCUUCAAGAGAUCCCAACUUUUCAGCCGCUUUUGAAAGGAGUACUGAGUGGCCAGACAUCCCCCAGCAGCGUGUGUCUGGAGAGGCUGGAUGCUGCUCAGGUCCUGCAGCUCUGCAUCAGAUACCAGGACCACCUACACCAAUGUGCUGAGGCUGUGGCUUUCGACCAGAAUGCCCUCGUCAAGAGGAUCAAAGAGAUGGACUUAUCAGUGGAAACCUUGUUCAGCAUAAUGCAGGAGCGUCAGAAACGCUACGCCAAGUACGCCGAGCAGAUCCAGAAGGUCAAUGAGAUGUCCAUGAUCCUGAGGCGCAUCCAGAUGGGCAUCGACCAGACGGUGCCACUGAUGGAGCGCCUUAACAACAUGCUGCCUGAGAGUGAGCGCCUGGAACCCUUCAGCAUGAGGCCUGAUGGGGAAUCGGCCACUAAGUAGCUGCUCUUCAGGGGAGGAUGCAGGUCUGUUGGGAAUAUAAGACUUGAAAUAGUCAAAGAACGUCUUCGGCCGUUGAAGUUUUCCUUUUCAUGGUAGACUUUCCAACUCAGAAACUAUUAAUCUCCUCCUUUUAUUUUGCCCCUAAAGGCGUGCCCAGCUGACAUCCCAAUAAUCAAUAACGUCCCACUCAAAAGAUCCAUUUAUACCUGCAAGCUGCCCACAUCAUCCAUAAUCCUCUGCUACGGCCCCUGAGCAGCUCUAUUUGAACAGUUGCCAGCUUACGAGGAGCUGUGCCGCUGUACCCUAACUAUACGCUUGACUGCAGGAAAUCAAACUGGCUGCCUUUGAGCCUGAGGCCACAAUCCAAAGGCAGGGAAGGAAGAAACAUUUGUUCAGGAGUCAGAGGGAAAUCAAUAUGUUCUAAAAACUUGUCCUGCGGAUGUUUUGCAGGUUUUAUAGACUCCAUAAGGAUGUGAGCAAUAUGCAAACAUUUAAGACUGCUGCUCUGGAGGUUUGUGCGCAAGUCCCUAAACAUCUUGUACUGAAUUCAUUUUUCUCGUUGCAAAUACAUGUUGUUUGUGAUGCUCGUAUUUGUCUCGACGUAUGUUGCGCUCGCUGCUAGACGAUCAAUCCUGGGAACUGCAUGCAAGAUAUUCUUUGAAUUUUUUGUGCUUUGGGAUUUUAUGAAGAGAUCAGCAGGCUUUUGGCCACUGGGUUACACGAGGAGAAAGGACGUACCACACAGUGGAACUAAAAUACUCAAGUUUCGUGUGCACAGAAAGUAACUUUUAAUUUAUUUGGAUGCUUUUGCUUGAGUGUCAACCCUGCUUGUAUGGAUGCAGUGAACAAUUUGAAACAGAUGACCGCACAGAGACCUGGACACUGCUACAGAGAAUUGACAGAAAACCUUUUCACCCCAGCCACGAGAAAGCUUUGCUCAAACCUUGCUUUUUUUUUAACACUGUAGCACAUUUUGGCAUUAACUUAGUAGGUUUGUGCACUGAUAGCCAAACAUCUCACCUACCAAGGCUGCACAUCCGCAAAGCUAUUAAAUAUUAAAUGUCAGUUUAAUCAGAUGAAAAGUUGUUAACGUAACAGAAGUCGUUCUCUUCAUGUUAUCCAUCUAUACUACAUUUUAAUCAUAAUCUUGAAAGAUCUUGGAAAGACACAUCCACGACCAAUAUUUACUAUUAUGUUUUAAAUGUGUCCACCGCUAAUUCAAUUGUAUUCACUUAACACUGUAUUUGGUGGAAUCAGAAAUCUCAAAACUUGCUUAAACUAUUUGCAUGAUUCUAUGUCAUCAAAGCUAAGAGCCAGCCCACUUAAUCACUGGGGAGUUUACAGUGCGGCAACAUGAAAGAGGUGAACGUUCUGUUUUUGCAGAAUAGAAACACUAGGUGGUGCCAAAAAUAAUACACUCUAUAAUGUCCAACAAAUGCUUCAGUGAGUAUGUGCCCCGAUCAGCCACAACAUUAAAACCACUUCCAGGAGAAGUGAAAAACAUUGAGCAUCUUUGGGAAACGUUUAGACCUGGCAUUCGUGUGGAUGUUACUUAGACAUGAACCACCCACCUAGACCAGACCAGACACCCCCACCUCAUGACUGUAGCCAUCCCGAGCAGGAUGCAGCCUGACACUUCAUCAAGUAUCUGUGGGAUACACCAGAACAAGCCUGGAGCAAAGGAUGCCUAGUCAAUAUUGGGCAGGUGGUCAUAAUCUUUUUCCCGAUCGGUGUAUGUACUUGAGCGUGAUACUGAAGGACACUUGUGCAGGAGGACUGUUACAUUGCAGACACAUGGUGUUGCAGGACUUCAAAGAUAUUAAACAGCCUGAACAUCUACAAGGCCACCUGUUGUCAUUUCCAUUACUUGGGCUCAAGCCUCAAAAACCCUCAUCAAUCAUGUGUGAUUCACGUCUGCCAUGUUUUUUUGUUGUUGUUUUUUUUUUCACUUUAAGAUUGCCUUAUGACAGUGGUUACAAGCUUAAUUUAAAAAAACAAAAACCUUGUGCUCCUCAACAGCAGCCAGCUCAAACAGGUAAAUACCACACUCCCUGCACAGCGACGGAUGCUCACGUCUAACAACCAGCCAAAGCCAGUUUGUAAAGAUGAAAGCUUAGUGUUUCUCUGAGUUAUAUUUACGCUCACAAAUAAACAAAGCUUUAACCGUU